AUGACUCUGUCACCAACAAAGCAACACACUCACCGUAUCAACCCUACCAAAGAAAACACUCCGAGCCAUCCAUUUCCCAAAAAAGUCAGAAUAAUAUACACAGACAAAGACGCUACAGACUCCUCCAGCGACGAAGAGGAAGCUUCAAUAUGUAACCGAACUAAAAAGUUUGUUAACGAGAUUGUCAUAGAGCCAUGCCAGAGCGAGAAUAACUGCCCUGGCCGCGACAGCGACGGCGGAGACGUUGUUCCAAGAAAGAGGAACAGAACUAGCACCGGUGGUAAAACAAGACCUCCGGCGACUCGUCGAGUCACCUCCGGGCAGAAAUACAUAGGAGUUAGGCAGAGGCCAUGGGGAAAAUGGGCGGCAGAGAUAAGAGACCCGUCGCGUGGUGUGCGCGUGUGGCUUGGCACGUUUCAAACUGCUGAAGAAGCUGCUAUUGUGUACGACAACGCGGCUAUUAAGCUGCAUGGUCCCGACGCGCCGACUAAUUUUAUAACUCCACCUGCACCGUCUCAAGUAGUAUCUCCCGAAAUUGAAAAUCCUCCUCAGUUACGGUUACCGAUUUGA